ACAAGACAAUAAAGAAAAAACACAUUCAGAACCAGUUCAAUACUCUCUCUCUCUCUCCACCAGCAGUCAUCGAAAUCGAAAAACCCAAAAGCUGUAUACGAAUUGACAUUUAUAAUUUGAUGCCAUGGAUAGACUUGUGAAAAACUACGAACUCAAAGCUUGCGGAAUAGUGUAACAAAGCCCCUCUGACUGCUUUUCUGCUGCUGUUGUUUUUGUUUCAACCAAGAAAUAGAAAUAGUUGACCUCUCUCUCUACUCUACAUGUCUAGAAUCACAUGGGUAUUGAUUUUGGGGGGGAAUUUGGAUCCGGAGAGAAAAAGGAGCGGUGGGUUGAGAACUAAACAGGCCGGAAGAGGGUCGUGCCGGGGCAGUUAGAGUUCCGGAAUCAACAACUUGUCUUCUCUCGUUAUCUAGACCUUCCUUCUUAAUCUCACUCCUGGUUUCGAUAUGGGUUAUCUACUAAAAGAAGCAUUGAAAACCCUAUGCGGUGUCAACCAGUGGUCAUAUGCUAUUUUCUGGAAGAUCGGCUGCCAGAACCCUAAAUUUCUAAUAUGGGAAGAAUGUUAUUACGAACCUGUUAUAUAUUCAAAUGUUGGACAUGGAGAUGGAGGGAAUAAAGUCCACUUGCUCGUAACCAAAAUGAUGAAGGACAACUACAUCAAUCUUUUAGGAGAAGGAUUGGUUGGGAGGGUUGCAUUCACUCGAAAUCAUCAGUGGAUUAUCUCGGAUAACAAAUUGCAAUUGCCAGGUGUCCAUCCACCGGAGGUAUCAAAUGAGGUGUUUACACAAUUCUCGGCUGGCAUUCAGACUAUAGCAGUUAUUCCGGUUCAUCCUCAUGGGGUUGUUCAACUUGGUUCAUCAUCAACUAUUAUGGAGAAUGUGGGAUUUGUGAAUGAUGUGAAAGGUUUAAUUUGUCAACUUGGAUGUGUUCCCGGUGCAUUAAUAUCAGAAAACUACAUGAAAAGAGAAGCGCCUACUCAUUCAUCGGGAAGCAGUGGGCAUAGUUGUUUCUCUUUUAGUAGGCAUGUACAUACUGGAGAUGGUUUGACUUUGAAAAGUCAACAAAUUGAAAAGAUCCCCUGCUACGAUCAAGAAGUUGGUUUUGGCUCAUUUUUGGGCAACUAUCAGCCAAUGGAGCAACGUAUUUUAUCAGAAGGAGAUCAUCAUCAUCAUAAUAUUCAUAUUAAUCACACUCCACCUCAUGCUCACUUCUCUGGCAAGCAGGUGAAUGGAAAGCUGGAACAUGAACUAUUUGAAGCUCUGUCUAUGACUAUGUCCUCAGAAGCAGAACAUUUAAAACCUCCAAUUCCAUCAAGGGACGACUUAUUUGAUAUCGUGGUCGUCUCGAAAGUUCCCUCAUCUUCAAAGCCAAUUAUUACAGAUGAUAACAUUAACAUGGGAUCCGAAGGGAUUAAUUUGAUGCAAAGAGACUACUUGGUGGGUAAUGGGAAUACUAACUCUUCUAUCAUCUCAUCACAAAUCGGUUCUUGGACUGAAGAUUUGGGAAAAACCGAGUAUGCUAAUAAUAAGAGUAAGAGGCCCGAUGAUGAAAUUGGGAAAUCCAAUCGUAAGAGGCUUAAACCGGGACAAAAUCCCAGACCCAGACCCAAAGAUCGCCAGAUGAUCCAAGAUCGUGUAAAAGAAUUAAGAGAAAUCGUCCCAAAUGCUGCCAAGUGUAGCAUCGAUGCUUUGCUAGAACAAACCAUCAAGCAUAUGCUUUUCUUGCAAAGUGUUACAAAGCAUGCAGACAAGCUAAAACAAACAGGGGAAUCCAAAUCCAAGAUUGCAAGCAAGGAGGGUCAGGGUGGGGUAUUACUGAGUGAUAACUUUGAAGGAGGGGCAACAUGGGCAUAUGAGGUUGGUUCACAAUCGAUGGUGUGCCCUAUUAUAGUGGAGGAUCUGAAUUCCCCUCGUCAAAUGCUUGUGGAGAUGGUUUGUGAAGAAAGAGGUUCAUUUUUGGAGAUAGCAGAUGUGGUUGAAGGAUUGGGAUUGACAAUCUUGAGGGGGGUAAUGGAAUCUCGGAAUGACAAGAUAUGGGCCUACUUUACUGUAGAGGCUAACAGGGACGUGUCAAGGAUGGAAAUAUUUAUCUCGCUUGUUAGCCUUUUGGACCAAUCUGCAAAAAAUGGGUCCAGCGGGAAAGGGAAUGAACAAUCUUUCCGGCAAGUGACCAUACAGUAAUGUCGUGGCUGCUGGGAGAUGUUGAGAGCAGCUAGCUACUCUUCUGCCAUGACCGACAUCGAUCGCAGCCUGGUUUUCUUGUCAGCGAGACUGACUGAAUAGAAUAGAAUAGAGUAGAAUCUUGUGUAGCUUUAUUGCCUGCCUGCAUGUGUAGAUGGAUUAUCAUGUAUUGUAUUGUAUUUUAUUGUAUUCAUUGCUUGGUUGUGUCUGUUUGAAAUAGUUUGCUCCUUGUGUUUUCU